CUGUCCCCGGCCCUGGCGGCGGAAGAGAUGGAGCAACGUCACGAGCGCCCGGCCCCUUAAGACGCUGCUGGCUGGAGCCGCCUCCCUCCCUGCAACCCGCAGCGGAGAUGGAGUAAAGGGAGACCCGUCGACCUGCCCGCGGAGAUCAGCGAUGGAGUUAAAGCAAUCUUUGUCCAUCCAUCUGGAAGCUGAGAAGCCUUUGAGGCGCUAUGGGGCGGUGGAGGAGACGGCGUGGAAAGCGGAGGGACUGGGGAGAAGUCAGCUAGACAUCAUCUCCAUGGCAGAGACAACCAUGAGGCCAGAGGAGAUCGAGCUGGAGAUGGUGAAAAUCCAGCGUCUCCGGGAAGUCUUGGUCCGGCGGGAGUCUGAGCUUAGGUUUAUGAUGGAUGACAUCCAGCUCUGCAACGACAUCAUGGACUUGAAGCAGGAGCUGCAGAACUUGGUCGCCAUCCCAGAAAAAGAAAAAACCAAGUUGCAGAAGCAGAGAGAGGACGAGCUAAUCCAGAAGAUCCACAAACUGGUGCAGAAGAGAGACUUCCUGGUGGACGAUGCAGAGGUUGAGCGGCUAAGGGAGCAAGAAGAAGACAAGGAAAUGGCCGAUUUUCUGAGAAUCAAGUUAAAACCUCUAGACAAAGUAACCAAAUCUCCAGCCAGCUCCCGAGCAGAAAAGAAAGCAGAGCCCCCACCUAGCAAGCCCACGGUAGCCAAGACGGGGCUGGCGCUCAUCAAGGAUUGCUGCGGGGCCACCCAGUGCAAUAUCAUGUAGCCCCCACAUGAGGUGCCCCCGGGGCCACAGGGAACCCCCUCCCACCCUCUUGUCUUCAUAGCCCCCAUUUCACCGGGGCCCAAGAGCUCUCCAAGGCGGAAGGGAUUGAAGGCAAGCCCAUGACUGCCAUCAGGGGCCGUGGGUGCGGCGGGCGGGCCCGGCCGCCCUGUACAGAGUGUAGCAAUAGGGAGUCCCUCACCGUCGCAUGGCCCUCCCCAGAGCAUGCCGAACCCAGGAGUCUGUCUCACUGUUUAUCCAACCACCAGGAAAGGUCCUCCCUCGAAAAAGUAUAUCUCCACUUCUCUCUAGCUGUAUCUAACCCACUGUGGGAAUGAACUGGGAGGGGGCAUGAUCCCCAGGUGUGUAUAGUCGUGACUUUUCAACAGUCUGGCACCAUGUUGGACACAUCCCCCAUCCAUGCUCCUAGUUCUGCUGUCAGGCUGCCCCAAACGGCUCCACCCCCGAUCUGUCCUCUCCCAGGGGCUGUGCCCUGGAGGGCUCCACACAGCCCAUGUGUCUAGAGACACAGAGGGCCCAUCUGUAAAGACUGAGCUUGUGUGUGGUGUUGUGGUCACGUCUCCCGCUUCCUCCCCUCCUGUGUCUGGGCACGGCUUGUAUCAGGAGUGUGUCCGUUCGAUCUUGGCUCUUCCUUCCCUUGCAACGUCUGUCCCAGGUGUGUGGAGCAGAGUGGGGAUGGGGCCCCGGCUGGAGCACACCUAGUACUUGGGAGAGGUAGCAGAGAGCUGGGAGCUCCAACACGAGGCAAGGGCAGAUGAGAAGGGACCCAGAGCAGAUGCUGACCCAGGCACUCUCCACCCACGGGGGCCACCGGAUGGACGGAGUGCCAGCAGGACGCCACUCACCAGCCUAACACACAGACCUCCGCAAACAACAAUGGCAGGCAGGAGAGGCGGCCUGACCCAACCGUGUCCCAUCAUUCGGUGGUGUAUUUUAACCAGCCUAACAAUUCCACCUGUGUAACUUGAUGUACAUUUGCUACAGCCAGCCCGGCACAGCCCAUGUGACCUCUCUGUACGUGUGUGUGUGUCGUGACCGGCCUAAGUAGUUAGCAUAACUCAAGAUUUGCUGAUGUGCAAUCAUCCAUCAGAGAAAAUAAAAAUGGAAACCACGUACACAGCAUUUUUAAAGUUUUUACUUUUUUCUUGACUAUAGAAGUAACCCGUGUACAUAGUUAAUCAUUUAAAAAGUACAGAAAGUAUAAAGAAGUGUUUUUGUUUUUUUAACUCCCAUCAUUCCUCCAGCCACUCUGACAUUUUGGCAUAUUUCCUCUCUGUCUUUUUGCAUGAUUUUUUUUUUCAUGAUUGGCAUCCUAUUGUACCAUUCUAUAACAGUUUUCUUUUUCCACUUAUCAUAGUAUCACUAUCAU